CCGGCGAUAUUAGCUAGCACUUGCUUACGGUAUUCUCUGUAAAAGGGGAAGACGGCAAAAAUAACAAGGCAACUACAUCUGGACUGCUCAAGGACUGUAACUAAGCUAAUAAAUUAUAACUAACCAUAAAGGACUAAUUAAUUGCGAAUCCAUCCGACGCUUUAAUUUCUGUUGUUGGAGUCUGUUUGUCUCACGAUGGAAGAGAACAGUGCACACUUCUUCGAGGGGACCGAGAAGCUGUUGGAGGUAUGGUUCUCCCGACAAGAUGAAACCAAAGGAACCGGGGAUCUGCGCACUAUUCCCAGAUUUGAGUGGGACAAACUCCUGGAGAAUGUGCAUUGUUUGAUUAUAAGUGUGACGAAGACUGACAGACAGGAAGCUUAUAUACUCAGUGAGAGUAGCAUGUUUGUCUCCAAGAGACGUUUCAUUUUGAAGACAUGCGGAACCACCCUCUUACUGCAGGCACUGGUGCCCCUGCUGGAACUGGCCCGCGAGUACUGCGGCUUUGAUGCCAUUGAGAAUUUCUUCUACUCUCGUAAAAACUUUAUGAAGCCCACCCAUCAAGAGUUCCCUCACCGCAACUUCCAGGAGGAAGUUGACUUCCUCAGCCAGAUUUUUCCAAAUGGAGCAUCCUACUGUAUGGGACGUCUGAAUUCAGACUGCUGGUACUUGUUCACUCUGGAGCUGCCGGAGUACUGGGUGAAUAAGCAGGCGGAUCAGACACUAGAAGUUCUGAUGAGUGAUCUCGACCCAGCUGUGAUGGACCAGUUCUACAUGAAAGAUGGUGUUUCUGCUAAUGAUGUCACUCGUAUGAGUGGAAUUCGUGACCUGAUUCCAGGUUCAGUGAUUGAUGCCACAAUGUUCAACCCUUGUGGAUACUCUAUGAAUGGAAUGAAAUCAGAUGGAACUUACUGGACGAUUCACAUCACCCCCGAACCAGAGUUCUCCUAUGUCAGCUUUGAAACCAACCUCUCCCAGACAUCCUAUGAUGAGCUAAUCCGCAAGGUCGUGGAUGUCUUUAAACCCGGGAAAUUUGUGACAACGCUUUUUGUCAAUGAGAGCUCUAAAUGUCGCAGUGUGUUCUCUUCGCCUCAGAAGCUUGAGGGUUACCGCCGCCUCGACCGCCAGUUGGCUCACUUCAAUGAUUACAAUUUCGUCUUUACCAGUUACGUCAAGAACCGCCAGCAGAAACUACAGAGCUGAACCUCCCAAAUGAAGAAGCGUAAAAAGAAAUCCUGCCACUGUCUCGUAGCGGAGAGAUGGUUUCUGUCUGGCUGUAGAUCUUCCCUGAGUUUAACCCUUAUACAUUCUUGUAACUUUGACGUAGAUAUUGUGCAUGAAAGCUCUUGUCAUGUCUCUGUAGAUAUUCUAGCCCACUCUUGCUGUGAUCUUGAAGUGCAUGUAGAGUUCUUGAAUGUGGUGCUGUGUGAGAGGCAUGUCGCGCCAUCGCGGUACACGCAGUGCUCCCUUCCCUUCCUGCAGGUGUCCCCUCGUAUCCCCCACAGACAGGGUUUCAGACCUCACUAGACAAGGACCCUGACUUGCUCAGUUCUGUGUCUUCACCUUGUGGCUUGCAAACCGAUCCAUAAACAACUGUGAACCAGUCAGGUUUCUUAUAUUUUUCCAUUUCCCUGCUUGGUCCGUUAAAACACAAAAUUGCUUACAGCUAACUUGCUUUGUCAGUUAAGUUACUCAACUUUCGUAAUAUGAGCGCUUGCAUAUUCUUUUUGGACUGUUUGUUUUUAAUACAUGUGCCACGGCUUAAAGUGAAAAUAGAACGCAAAGUAGAUAAUGUGCAGUAGCUUGACCGUUUUAAUAUAUCUUUUUUUUUUUUAACCAAAUACUUGUUACUACUUCACUUAUAUUCUUUGGCAACCUUCUAGAUUGUCAUUGUCAAUAAGAGUACCGGAUAACUGAAGGUGAGAGCUGAGUUACUCUACUUUAAAACCAUACAUUUUAUUUUGGUGGCUGUUAGAUUUUGGAUGCUGUUUAGUUAAAACGCUCGUGUCUAUGAAAUGCUAAUUAGAUUUCAAGCGUUAAGCAUAGCUAGCUACCUUUUUUUAAAUACGACUUAAAGAUUUGCUGGCAACUAACUAAAAAUAUUCAUUCUUAAUCUGAUUUUCUCCUUCAACCUUCCAGAUGGUUGCCUUUAUUGAGUUCUAGAGAAGUGAAUGUGUCGGAAGUUGAGUAACUCAACUGUCACUAUCAAUGUUGAAAGCUUGCUGCAUCUUUAAAGGACUGUUAUUAUUUUGGUUUAAUACAUCUGAAGUUGUUUAACUAAAAUGCAAUGCUAAUAAUAAGCUCAACUGUGUGCGGCUAACUAACUUUUCUGUGACUGUUUUGAAGAUAUCACUCUUUGUUGACAACAAACUUAAAAUAUUCAUUAUUUACAAUAUUACUGAAGUGAAUGUUUCAAAAGUUGAGUAACUUAACUGUUGCAUCGUGGUGAAAGUUGCUACUUAAAAUGGCCUUUAUUUUGUAAGUUGAAUGUAAAAAAAUGGGGUAGUUGAAAGGUGACCGUUUAUAUGGUUUAUGACUGGUUGUACUAAAUAAUGUGGCUGGUGUUUAAGAAACCAUUACGAGAGAAAGAGAUGAUAAUUUUUCCAUCCUAAAUUUAGUUCAUUGUGAAGAACCAUGUGACUGUCCAGCACAGAGCCUGCUCAAUUGAAACGGUUGGACAGACACUUUGCUUUCGAGUGCCGAUCGCACAGCAAAGCAUUUUUCUUUUUCUAAACAAAAUGAGUCCUCUCUUUCUCUACAGAAGCUGGAAAGCACACAAUAGGUACGCUGGGAUCUGAGCAUGUCAGGGCUAACCCAGAUCAUUCCACAUCCCACGGCUGCAUAAAGUGCAGUUUUUUAUAUAUAUAUAUAUUUUUUUUUUUGUUCAUCAGCAAACUUCGCAGCAGAUUUGUCCAAUACAUGAUUCCUCUUAAGCCCUCUUAGUUUAUUGAGGGAAAUAUUGUUUCCAUUUGCUAUUGCAUGCGAAUAGCAUGUAGUAGGCCAUUUACUGUGCAGUGUCUCUGCUAGGGCCCUGUGUAAGCUUUGUGGUUCAUUUCUGUUCAUACAAUGUAACAAACUUAGUUAAUUGGUCCUGGAUGUGAUGGCCCAUGAGUGUUAUUUGGUAACUCCCAACUAAAAACAAACCUGCAAAAAGCCUAAGGUGAUGUUCUAGCUGAUCUUCUACCCUGACAAUCUGACAGAUACCCUAAAACCAUCUAAACAAAACCUCCUAGCCAGGCUGGGUGACCAACUAGUCACUGUAGGCUGGUUUAAGCUGUGGGGCUGAAUUAUGCAGAUGAAGUUGUAAGGAUGAUGAUGUUUGUGAUAUGUCUUUAAAGUGGCGGGUCAGUUUAACGUUAAAUUUCACUUCAGAUAGGUGGACCACUGCUAGGAGAAAUAACAUCAGCAUGACCAUGUCACAUCUAGCACCGUUUUAUUAUUACUUUCUUUUGGUGAAGGUUGGAUUCAGGUGUUUUAAUCACCUUGAAUACAAAUGGGAUUUUAUAUAUACACAUUCGUAUGAAGAGGGUAGACAUUGAUGUUGCGGACCAAGUACACACAUAUAUACAUUUCAUUUUUAUGACCCUGUUCUGACCUUUUCGUAUAUUAUUGGACCGCCCCUCCUGCUAGUUCUAGCCAGCCUACAUUAUUAUGUGUGGGUUGGUAAGGAAACCAUGUAGUAAGGGUUCUGCUGCAGGAUUGUUCACAGGGAAAGGGAAACUUUGCUGUUCCAAUUCUCUUGCUAUUUCCUUGGAUAGUCAAGAUGUGCUAAAUAUAUCUGUACUAAGAGCUUGAUGCUUCCUUUAAUAAAAGUAAAUAUCUAUUAA